GUUUUUCUUUUCCAUCUCUCACUUUUUUUUCUUUAAUACCUAUUUCAAAACAUGGCAUCUGCUGCAAACUGGGAAUAUCCUGAACAUCAACAAUUCGAACGUGUUCCUACUUUGGACCAAGUUGAUCGCAAUGACCACAAAGCUGUUUACGCUGCUCGCCAACAAAAGAUUCGGGACGAUUGGGUGAAGGCUAUGGAAGCCCGUAUCAUCAAGGAAAAGUUGGAUGAAUGCUACAAAACUGAAGGUGUUAACCACUAUGCUAGCUGCCGUGACCUUGCUGACCUUUAUAUGAAAUCCAUCAAGGAAAACCGAGUCGAAGGCUACCGCAAGAAAUCUUCAAGCUCAUAAAUCAUGACCGGUUCAUUUUAUUACCACACAUUUUUAUUUUUUUAUUUUACACACACACACACUCAUGUACACGUUUAUUUUCUUGUCAUUGAUAGUUCCCUAUGACUGACUCGCACACAUCCACAUGUAUCCCACAUACAGUUUUCCCCUCCAUUCUUGUAGACAACUAUCUUAUUUUUAUAUAUGCUCC